GCAGCACUGGCGCCCAGUUGCUCGCCAGCCCUCGCAAGGACAACAGGAAUUGAGGUUUGCCACCCAAAGAAAUUUUGAUUCUAGACCCGCCGCUGACACCAAGCAACACACACACACACACACACACAUUAAGGCACGGUGAAGGAAGACGGAAGAGGAACAGAGAGAUAAACAAUGUUGUUCCGCAGUAACCCUAUCAUCACUGGUAAAAUGUUUUAAGACAACAUGCCUGGUCGCGCUGGGAUUGCGGCGCGACACACACAAAACAAACAUCUGCUGAGCUGCACCAAGCUGGGAAUUACUUCGUAUAAAUGGUAUCGACUAUCAAAGGAUGGCGUAAGGAAUGUGCUUGAAGAGAUCACACCCUACUUGGGAAGAAUACGAGAUGGAAGAGAGUUCCAACCACUUCAUUGAAGAGCACUGAACGUGAACAGUCCUGCUGAAGAACCAGUGCCAUGGCCGCCUCAUCCGCCGCUGCCGCCCCCGUCCCCGCCCCCUACACUGCCACCGCCAUGACGCAGGAGGAUUAUUCGCGUUUCAAGCUGGUGUACAUCUUGAUGGGUCCUGGAACAGCCGUGCUCUGUCACGCCCUGAAAUGCGGCACAAACAAGGCCCCCUCCACCACCCUCCUGGACCACCUCAACAGCCUCCAAGACUCCUCGACGGCCAACUACUGUUCACUCAACGAUAAGACGAAGAAGAAAAUCUUUACCAAGGAUGAGGAGAGGAAAAUCAGUAAUGAUCCCUCGUGCCAGAGCUUUGACAUAACACUGCUGUACAAGAGCAUAACACUGGCCUGUGAAGGUGUGGCAGAUCUCAACGAUGCACGCUGGCAGGAUCCAUCAGUGAUGGAGGGGCUCUUACAUAAGAUCAAAGAGGAAAGAAACGCCUGUGUCCACGAAUGGUCUCAGAUAACAAUGGAUGAACACCAGUUGAAGAACAAACUUCAAGAUUUAGAGAGCCUCUUCCUGAGAGCCCUUCAGGCCGUCAAGAACAGGUACGGAUACCGCGCUGAGACUAACACCCUCAUGGACAAUGUGAAAAUGCAAGUAAAUGAAGUAUUGCAAGCCUUUACUGACAAAGUCAUCCUUCAGAUGAACUUUGAGAAAAAACUGGAUUUAUUUAAGGAAGUGUCAGCAUAUCACCUCAAAGAUCUCUACAAAAACUUUGAAUGUUUUGAUCCGCUGUCAUUCCUGUUUGGACCCGAAGAACGGGUCCACAUACAGUUUGUGUUCAAACUUCUUCUUCAGCAAGAACACUCAAAAUCUAAAAUCGACUGUUUAGAAGUACUAAAAGUUCUGAGGGAGAAGUGCCGCCCCUCCCUGCCUGCCCACGAUGACAGACCGCGCCUCGCCGUGGUGAGCGGCAUUGCUGGGAGUGGCAAGACCACCCUGCUCACUUUCUUGGUGUCAGAGUGGCGCAGGGAAGAGUGUGACCGCCGCGUCACGUGCCUGGAGGAGUACGACAUCGUGCUCAGAAUACUGUGCCGGGACACAGAUGCCGAGGACCUGGAGACAUUCCUGGGCCUGGUCCUCCCGCCCAGUCUCUCGGUGUUUGGGGAACCACUCGUGAAGUAUUUGGGGCGCUGUAAGGUGCUCUUCCUCAUAGACGGACUUGACGAGAUGAACGACACUUCCGAGAAGCUCGUCACCAAUGUUCUCACCAUCGCCAAAUAUAACAAAUGUUUGUCAGUCCUUGUCAGCUCACGCCCGGAGCGAGUGGACUGGUUGGUGAGGCGUUAUAAAAAGGAUUACCACAUAUCUCAUCUGUCUCUUGAGGGCAUUCCCGUCACUAAGAGAAUAGAGUUUGCACUGCAAUACUCCACCUCCUCCACAAACCAUGACAGGCUGAGGGAGUUCAUGACACAACAAGAAAACACAAAGUUGUUUGAGCUUCCUCUCAACCUUGUAUUCUUGGUUAGACUGUUUGAAGAAAAACAAGACUGCAUCAAGGAAAACAUUACCCAAGCCAGCCUGUACACUCACUUCCACGAGUGGUGCACAGAAAAGCUGCAUGAUAGAAUAUCCACGCAUCCCACAUGGGGGGAGAAGAGCCCACUCACCCUCAAGACGAGGAUAAGAAGAGUGGUGGAAGACAUGUACCAAAUGGCACUACAAGGCCUGCGGCAGGACAAAUUGAGCCUCUCAGAGGAAGACACGGAGCGGCUGGAGAAAAGCUGCAGGAGAGAAGACCUGCCGCCCCGAGAAGUCCUGGGAGCUUUCUUCACGCUGCGAUUGUCCGUCAACAACAGAGUACGUGAGCAACACUACUCGAUGCCCCACAAAGGACUGCUCGAGUAUUUUGCAGCUCGGCACAUCAUGAAGUGCCUUCAGGAUGAGUCCCUCCCCACCACUCAGCCUUGGACAUUUCAUGCUGACCUUAACCUUUUCUUCCUCGUGGCGGGCCUGUUGGCGAAACAAUAUGUACCAAAUCACCAGAAGACCAUGAAGGUAGUGAUAAAGCAGGUAGAGGAGAUUGGCGCAGGGUGGUUUGAAUGGCUAUCACUGGUGGAACACACGGAUUAUGAUGAAAGCUUCCUGCAUGCCAUCGCUCACCACGUCACAGAUUAUCCUCUUCCUGACUCGCUAGAGAUAGGAGACAGUGAACUGGCCAGCGCUGCGGCACUCCUCCCCCUUACUCCAUUGAAGACACUGAAAUUUGACCUGUGCAACAAAUCUGUGAAUAUAGACAAUGUUCGUGCCUUAUCUCCUCUCCAUUGCUCUGGGUUGUUCCUACGUCACCAUUACAAACACCCCGGCGACACUCCCGCCUCAGACACUGUGCUGCAAGCCAUACACAGGAGUUGCCUUAAUGAGUUCUAUGGUCACCUGAGUGCUGAUUGCCUGGCGCUGCUCCCUGAAUGCCUCUGGCGGCUGUCCCUGGCUGUAUCCAGUUUUGAGCACGCAACCCGCCUCGCCGCAGGACUCACUCGAGCCGCCUCAUCUCUAUCUAACCUGACCCGCCUUGAUAUACACAUUCCCAUGUCGAUGGUAACACCAGCAGCGGUUAUGUCACCACUGCCUGACUUCGGUAAUGUACGCCUCCUCUUAUCUGACGUGGACGAAAACCUGGUAAAGGAAGCAUGUCAAGUGGCUGUAGCUCUCCAACCUAGAACAGGAUAUCAGACCAUUGGCUUCCCGCGGGGCAGGAUGGAGGCGGCACAGUGGCGGCGCCUCCUCCACCUGAUGAAGGACGAGGGGAUCACGGUGGGGAGGAGAGUGGAGGUGCGGGGAGGGUGGAGGGUGCAUGGAUGUGUACGGAUACCAGAGGAAGCCUUCACGAUGGAAGACCAUAGUGAGCUGAACCAUCUCACUGACACUUUAUGGGGAUGUAACGUGCUCAGUCGCAGAGACGAGUUCUGUUUCUGACAACCCUGAUGAAGAUGAUGGAGAAGACGAUGAUGAAGAAGAAGAAGAGGAGGAGGAGGAGGAGGAGAGUAAUAUUGAGUCGUGUGAGUAAUACAGUAUUGUAAUGUUUGAAAUGCUCUGCUGAUAGUGAUUAAGUCAUUAUUUUGCCUGAAAUCGAUUGUUGUCUUAUUGUGGUAACUUUGCCUUGUGGUUUACGAAAUCACCACCACCACCACCACCACCAUAACCACCACCACCACCACCACCUCAAAUUAAAUGGUUUCUUUCCGUGAGCUGAGAAGUCGCGUGUGUCUUUUUUCUGUAUUAUAUUUUGUAGUGAGUGUGUGCAUCCUCUCUCAGGUCAACUGGAUUGUAAACGAACAGACUUUCAUUCGAGAAAAAAAAAAAAAUUCAUUUGAGAAUAUUCUGUCUAUUUAUGGUAAAGUUUUGUGAAAUUUGUAGUAAAAGUUUAUCAGUUCAAAAUUAAAUUAAAAACCACUUAAACACUUAAUCUUUCCUUUAUUCAUAGCAGUAUUCACCCUAAGUAAUGUAUUUAUUUAUGAUUCAUUUAUUUAUUGAUUAUAUAUAUACAUUUUUUUUUUUUCCCGCAAUACAUAUAUCCACCCUCAGUCUUCACCAUUUCCACUAAAUCGUGGCGCGGGCGGGGUGUCAGCUGGGAUUGUCUCCGGUGUUCAUUCGCGUCUCUAACACUCUCAGGCUCAGUCAGCAUUCCUGUGGUAGACCCUGUUGUUGGCUCUGAGUGGUGGUCGACUCUAUUGGCUAUCUUAUCCUGCCUUGGUGGUUGGUUGCUGGUUGCUUGCUGGGCCGCGAACGCCUCUAUACCCGUAGCGUGGAUUCCCUUCAGCCAAUGACACACCGCGCUGUUAUGAAGGCUUUAAUUGCCAACCACGAACUUGAUAGGUAAUAUGUGUGUACUGCAACACAUACACUUCCAUUAAAAUGCCUCCAUCUCGGAAAUAAAACCAUUUAUUUUAAGACGCUUUUUUUUUUAAGCUGUUAAUCCGAUUGCUGUGAAAUUUUGCAGGCACAACAACCAGCAUAUUGGUAUUGUGCUUGUACAGUUUAACGAAAAUCUGUGGAAUAGUCUCAGGUAUUCUCUAGGUGUUAUAUACUUGACUGGUUGCAAUAAAACUGUGCAAACAUAACAGUUAGCGUAUUAUUAUUAUGCUUAUACAGUUUAAUAAAAAUCGGGCAAAUAGU